CCAGAAACGUGAGUGAUCUGGGCCCAAGUUCUUCUGGGCCCUCCCGUCCAUGUGGCCAGCCAAGUUCCCCUGACCCCCUUCCCAUAUGUCCUGUAGUGGGGGCCCAGUGAGACUGUAUCAUUGCUCUGGGAUAUAUCACGGGUGGGUGCUGACCAGAGGGUGCUAGAGCAUAAUGGGAGAUUAUGACCUCAGAGACACAUCAUCUUUUCCUUCUCCUCCUCCUCCUAUAUGUGCUAGACUGCAAAGAAUGACAUGGGAACCAAAUUUACAAAGUACCUCAAAAACAGCUGACUUUGAACUCUACAGACAUGAGGAAAAUCAGGGUGAGAAGGUCGGUUUUGUGCCCAGGAAAGUAGAUUCUGGGGAUAUUCCAGUUCUUUGUUCAAUAUGUCAACAAACAAUAUACCCACAUCAACUUUUUUAUCAUAAAAAAGAGCACAAAGCCCUAGCUCUACUGGGUUAUCAUCGUCCAUGGAUUGAAACGGACACCAACAAACUUUUACUUCAGAGACAGCAAUUAAUUUCAAGACUGAUCAAGUUUUCUAAAUACACUGAAAGAGACAAACAGAAGAUUGAUUGUUCGUUAGAGCUACUUAAGAAUAAAUCAAAGGGCACCUCAUAUUUUAGCGUUGAUAAUAUUGUUGACAGUUCUGGAUACCUCAAGAAAGUAAGCAAUUCUCUAAUAAAAGCAUUAGCAAUUUGCCAAGACAAAAAUUCAACAUGGCGAGCAGAUAUGGAAGAUACAUUCAUUGUGCUAGAUAAUUAUGGAAAUAGGUCAGAUACAUGUUUUUUGGGCUUAUUCGAUGGAUAUCAUGGUGUAUUUGCUGCUGAGACAGUUUCAGCAGAGUUUCCACUUUUAUUUCUUGACCAACUGUCUCAGACUGAUUCCUCUUACAAAGUGAGUGGAAAUGAGGAACAGAUCCUAGAUUCUUUUGUCACAGUAAUCAAGGAAAAUUACAGGGAUCAGGAGAAGGUUUUCUCUGGUAAAACAGACAGUGAUAAGAAAACCAAGCCAAACACUUAUGAAUGGAUUCACAAAGCAUAUGCGAAGUCCUUUUGGAGAAUGGACAGACUUCUACGACUUGGAAGGAAUGAGGUUUCCAAAGUUCGCUGGAGUAGCUGUACAGCUGUUACCUGUUUAGUGGAAAGAAUCAGUAAUGAAAAGGAAAAGAGCAUCAAGGAACAAGAGAAGACAAUGCUGCUUGAAAACACUACUACUAAUUCAGCAAAUCCAUCCGAAAGCAGUACUGGGAUACUGCAUAUUGCUAACAUUGGUAAUAUACACGCAGUCUUAUGCAAAAAUGGAAAAAGCUACUGCCUUACCAAAGAACACAGCACUUCUAAUUCAAAGGAAAGAGACCGUAUACUUCAGAAUGGUGGAAACAUCAGCACAAAUGAACCAAAAGGACUAGUUGAAGGGCUCAUCAGAGCUACUCGUGGCCUUGGACAUCAUGGAGAUCCAAAGUUGAAAAAAUCUGUUAUUCCUGUACCACAUACCAUAUCUGUCCCUACAGAUGAUUCAUGUCAAUUCCUUAUUUUAGCUUCUAAUGGGCUUUGGGAAGUUCUGGAUAAAAAUGAAGUGGUUAUAUUAACUCUAAGAAUGUUCACCUCUUAUUUGGAAAUGUAUGCCCAGCGAGAAGAGAUUUCUAUGCACAAAUAUCAGUAUUCAGUAGUUCCCUAUGAAGACUAUUUAUGUAGUUCAAUGGAUAUUAAUGACUUAGAAGACAGAAUCCAAUUAUGGUAUUUUAAUAAAGAGGCUUUCCUCCAGAAUCAACAUGAAGGCAGUCUGAAACAAAAUAAUAAAAAAUCAUGCUCAUGUAACAGAAGAGAUUCACAAAAUGAAAACAGGAUGCAGCCAGGCUCUAACAAAGAGAGUUCUGAAGAAGUGCAGCAGUUAGACGAUCACGUAAAACAAGCGGAUACCAAAGCUUGUCUGUCUAAUAAUCACGGAACAUGUUCACAACACACAGAGAUAAUCCAGUCAGCCUCUGGCAGUCAAGAAGGUUCUAAAGAAUUGAAACAGUUUGAUGAUGAUACAAAAGCAUAUCGGUCUAAUAAUCGUGGAUCACAUUCACAAAUUGCCAGCAAAGGAGAAAUUAAUUCGGCAACAUUCUAUGACAGUGCAGCAAAUUACAUUAGUAAACAACUGGUAAAAACUGCAUUAGCAGCAGGUUCUCGAGAUAAUAUUACUAUUUUGGUUGCACUUCUAAAUGGAUGUGAUAAGAUACCCAAUUAUAUUGAAAAUGUGUAAUGUGCUUACCGGACAGAGUACCAAAGUGUGUACAAUAUACCCUAGAUUUAGGCAAGUCAAGUUACA